AAAAACUUUUCAUCUACCUUCACAGAGCAAGAGAAACAAUGGAAAAGAUUAAUCUUUUUUUCUGGUCCUUUUGUUUUCUCCAAUGGUUUGCAGGUGCAUAUGAUCCACUAGACCCAAAAGGGAACAUAACAAUCAAGUGGGAUUUCUUUGAUAUUCAUGAUGGAGAUGGAUAUGUCGUGACAGUGACCAUGUACAACAACCAGCUUUACAGACACAUUGAAAGUCCAGGUUGGGCAUUGGGGUGGACAUGGCCAAGUGAAGAUGAAAUCAUUCUGCACAUGAGUGGAGCUGAAGCCACAAAACAAGGUGACUGCAAAAGGUUCAAGAGUAAUCCUCUGCCACACAGUUGUGAGAGGAGCCCUGUAAUUGUUGACUUACAUCCUGGAGUUCCUUAUAAUCUCCAAACAGCCAAUUGUUGCAAGGGAGGAGUCAUUUCAUCCUUGACUCAAGACCCAUCUAAGGCCAUUUCUUCUUUUCAAAUGGCUGUUCAAAGCUCUGUAAAUUUCACUGCAACUUCUGGUGCUUUUGGAAGUCCUUCAAACUUCAGCAUUGGUGUUCCUGGGUACACAUGCAGUAAUAAUAUGGCUCUUGUUGAACCUACCAAGUUUUCUACUGGGAAUAGCCAAAGGAUACAACAGGCUUUGAUGACAUGGCAGGUGGUGUGUUCCUAUUCUCAGUUCAGAGAAUCAAAUGCUCCCAGUUGCUGUGUUUCUCUGUCAAGCUUUUAUAGUGAUGCAAUUGUAAAUUGCCCUCGUUGCAGUUGCAGAUGCCCACAUACAGGACUUGCUGGAAACUGUUACAUAGAUGAUGAGCCAGAUAACAAAUUGCAGACGCCGAAUGGAGAAGGAGAUGACAAAAUAGCGGUGAAAUGCACAGAGCAUAUGUGCCCAAUCCAAGUACAUUGGCAUGUGAAAGUGAACUAUAAGGAUUAUUGGAGGGUUAAAGUGACCAUCACUAAUUUGAACUUUUUCAAGAACUAUAGUGAUUGGAACCUGGUUUUGGAGCACCCGAAUCUCCAGAACAUAACACAGAUCUUCAGCUUCAGUUACCAACCUCUGAUUGUUUAUCCCGGCACCAAUGACACAGGAUUGUUUUGGGGGAUACCAUUCUAUAAUACAAUGCUACUGGAACAUGGUGAAAGCGGGAAUGUGCAGACCGAGAUGAUACUGCAUAAGGAUCACAGAGACUUCACCUUCAAAGGAGGAUGGGCGUUUCCCCGGAGAGUUUUGUUCAAUGGCCAUGAGUGUGUCAUGCCCUCGCCAGAGACUUAUCCUUCUCUACCCAAGGCUGCUGUUGCUGCUGCUGCUGCUGCUGCUGUUCCUGUUGCUUCAUCAAUUGCACAUUUCCUCAUCACUGUGCUCCUUUUCUUGUAAAUGCUUUUCCAUAUGUUAUAUUAAGAUUAUGC